UGGGCGCGUUCUAUUUUGGCUAACAGUUGCAAGCUAGCUAGCCUAGUGAGCAAGACACGCUAGCUCUCGUUUCAUCGAGAGACGUUGACAUCUACCGAGCAGAGCUUUCAGCGCUGCUGCUUACUGAAGACGGCAGUUAUCACAGCUCUCCAUCACUAAUGGCUCCUCCGCUGCGUCACAGACUACUGCGCAUCUUCGUAAACGAUGAUCGCCAUGUCAUGGCGAAACACUCCGCCAUCUAUCCUACUCAGGAGGAGCUGGAGAAUGUACAGAACAUGGUUUCUCACACAGAGCGGGCCCUGAAGGCCGUCUCUGACUGGCUUGAUAAACAGGAGAAAGGGACGUCUAAACCCGACUCUGAUGCUGCAGACGCUGAUAAGGAAAUUGAUUCUAAAGACCCCGCCACUCGUACCCUGCGUGGCGUGAUGAGGGUGGGCUUGGUUGCUAAGGGUCUGCUGCUGAAGGGGGAUCUGGAUCUGGAGCUGGUUCUCCUCUGUAGAGAGAAACCCACCACCAUUCUGCUGAAGAAAGUGGCAGAAAACCUUUCUGCACAGCUGAAGCUAAUAACUGAGGAGAAAUACGUAGUAAUCCAGGACAUCCACGAGGCCAGCAUUAUCAUCCAAAACCAAAAGGAGCCCCCGCUCACCCUCACCAUUCACCUGACGUCCCCAUUGGUCCGUGAAGAGAUGGAGAAGACAGCUGCUGGAGAAACGCUUUCAGUCAUCGAUCCCCCGGAUGUUCUGGACAGGCAGAAAUGCCUAACUGCCUUGGCAUCUCUACGCCACGCUAAGUGGUUCCAGGCUAGAGCCAACGGGCUGCGCUCCUGCGUCAUCGUCAUCCGCAUCCUGAGGGACCUGUGCGCUCGCGUCUCCACGUGGGCUCCGCUGCGCGGCUGGCCUCUGGAGCUGAUCUGUGAGAAAGCGAUCGGCACAGGAAACCGGCCGAUGGGAGCAGGAGAAGCUCUACGGAGAGUUUUAGAGUGUUUGUCUUCAGGAAUCCUGUUAGCAGAGGGUCCUGGGAUUUCUGACCCGUGUGAGAAGGAGGCCACAGACGCCGUGGGUCAUUUGAAUAGUCAGCAGAGAGAAGACAUCACUGCCAGUGCUCAGCAUGCCUUAAGACUGUCUGCCUUCGGACAGCUUCACAAAGUACUUGGAAUGGACUCGCUUCCCUCUAAAAUGCCCAAAAAGGCUCGAACUGAGCCUCCUAUUGGGUACACAGUGCAAAUCCCACCCAGCACAACUUAUGCCACACCAAUGAAAAGGCCCAUCGAGGAAGAGGAGGGAACAGAUGACAAGAGUCCCAACAAGAAGAAGAAAAAGCUGCAGAAGAAAUCAGCUGAGGAGAAGGCCGAGCCCCCUCAGGCGAUGAACGCCCUCAUGAGGCUGAACCAGCUGAAAUCGGGUCUCCAGUACAAGCUGAUAUCCCAGACCGGCCCGGUUCAUGUUCCGGUCUUCACUAUGGCUGUAGAGGUGGACGGGAAGUCCUAUGAGGCCUCAGGUCCAUCCAAACGUACCGCCAAGCUGCACGUGGCUGUAAAGGUUCUGCAGGACAUGGGUCUGCCCACCGGAGUGGACGUAAAGACCCCUGAACCGGCGAUCAAAACCGAGGAGCCGGCUGCUGCCGCCCCUGUGGAAGACGUUAAACCAGUCAUAAGUCCCGCCUUAACUCCUGCAGCCCCCAACGCAGAGCAGCCCGAACCCGCAGAGACUGCUCGCCAGCAGGGACCAAUUCUGACCAAACAUGGCAAGAACCCCGUCAUGGAGCUGAACGAGAAGAGGCGGGGCCUCAAGUACGAGCUCAUCUCGGAGACCGGCGGCAGCCACGACAAACGCUUCGUGAUGGAGGUGGAGAUCGACGAACAGAAGUUUCAGGGCACCGGAUCCAACAAAAAGGUGGCCAAAGCCUACGCGGCCCUGGCUGCCCUGGAGCGCCUUUUCCCAGAAGGCUCAGCGCCUGAGGCCGUUAAGAAGAAGAAGGGCCCGCCCAUGCACCCUCCACCGUUCGCCAUGAUGGGGGGCGGGGAUCCAGGUGUGCCCCGGGGCAGAGGAAGAGGAGGGCGCGGCCGUGGAAGAGGCAGAGGCUUCAACAAUGGAGGCGGCUACGGACAGCCAGGUGGCUUUGGAUCUUACGGUUACGGGAACAGCUCCAACUCUGGCUACAAUUACAGCGGUGGGGGUUCAAACGGAGGCGCCGGGGCGCUGAGCAACCUGCCAAGCGGACCUCAGCUCGGCGCCGCACAGGGAUCCGCCCCGGACUCCUACGCUUCCUUCUACCAAGGCUACUCUCCUGCUAACAAGCCGCAGAAGAAGAAGCCCCCCAUUCCCAGAGGUGGGAAAGCCCCCUUCCCUGGCCCUCCAGGAGGUGGCGCCGGACCAGCGGCGGCGUACCAACCCAGCGGGCCGCCGGGUUUGGGCUCGUAUAAUCAGUACGGGCAGGGGAAGAAGAGCUUCGGCCAGAACCAGGGGGCGGCGAGCGUUUACCCCUACAGCACGGCUUACCCGAGCCAGGUGACGGGGGGGGCCGGGAGCAACCAGGACUACAGCUACGACGGUUUCAGCAGCCAGUCCGCCUACAGCUCACAGGGGGGCGGAAACCAGGGCUUCGGCCCCAACCACGCUCCGUACCACAACACCGGCUACGGCAGAGGCGACGGCGGCAUGAACUACCAGUACAGAUAGACGCCCCCCUCCUUCCUGUAGCAUCGGCGAAUCCAAAGAAAGGCGCUGGCCGUGCUCUGUGGCGUUUCCCUGCAGGUUCCUCCAUGUUUGUGUCCUUCACACGAGGCUGCAGACCAGAGUUCUGUCUUAGUGGUCUGCUCCGUGAUUCUUAACGUUCUGUCAUAUUUAACUUGUUUUCUCACCCACAGCUCUAAAUGUGAAGAAAUGUUAUUUUUUGUUUCUUUUUAAAAAGAGGGAUGCCACGUUUUCCCCUCGGAUGAAACUACUCGCAAAAUGCUGUAAAUAACUUUUAUUUGUUUUGAAGCGUUGCCUGUGAUUCUGGCUCAUUUUUUUAAUGAAUCUGAUGUUGAACUCUUAGUUCGGACGUUUCUGCACAGUGGAUCCCAUGGAGUGUUGCUGUUCAUGUGUUUGUAUUAAUAAAUGAUUUUUAUUUUAGAUUCUGAGA